AUGACAACGAAUACAGGUUAUGUUUUGUAUGAAUUACAACACGAAUUGCAGUCUGAAACAAAAUCAGGCCUCAAUAAUCUUCGUCAAGAAGAGACUAAGGCAAAUGCUUAUUUCUCAGAUAAUACAACGCUCGUUCAAAAGGAAAGGGAAAAUGAACGUGGAACCCGAGAUGCUCAAAUGAAACAAACCGAGGACAAUGAUGAAAAACUUAAACAAUUAAUGAAACAAAUGCAAAAUGAGGUGAACUAUUUGGACACGCUCGAAACUAAACGAAAAGAAUUACGUGAUCAGCAUACCAAUUUAGUCAUGGAAUUUGAACGCGCUCAAAACGAAUUAUAUAAGCAAGAUUCUGAAAUGAAAACUUUAGAAAAUGACGUUCAACAAAAUAAGGAAAAAGAACGACAAUUAACAGAAGAAAAAGAAAGAUUGGAACAGAAAAUUCAUGAAAUGAAAUUUAAAGAAAACGAGAUUAUCAAUGAACGAAAUAAAUGCGAAUUAUCGUUGAAUAGUUUACAAGAACUGAUUCGACAAACUCAAGAAGAGUUACGAACAAAUCAAGAAAAACUUAGUCGAGAACAAGGUGAAUUAGCUGAAGCACAGAAUCAAAUUGAAGAUUUAAACAAGAAAAUCAAAGAAAAUGAAAAUGAAAUUAAACGGUUUAUUCGAGAUAUUGAACAAUUAAAAGAUCAACAGCGGAAGUUCAUAUUAGAACAAAAAGAUCUUGUAGCAAAAAAAGUCGAGUUGGAAUUUGUUAUCGUACAGUUAACUGAUGUCAUACAAGAAAAAGAAAUUGAUGUAAUUCGUUUACACACGAAAAUGCAAAAGUAUCAAGAAAACAUCAAUCGAAAUAAUGGAGAAUUAACCAUUUUGAGAAAGGAAAUAGAAGCUAAAAAAACUGAAUUCGAUAAUGAAGGAAGGAAAUUAACAGAAACUGAACAGCUGGUAACUGAACUUGAAAAUAAAAAGUCAUUAUUGGAAACAGAAAAACAACAACAAAUUAAGAUAUUACAACAAUUAGAUGAUCAACGAAUUGACUAUUCAAAUGAAUUGCACAAUCUUCAAUUAAAACUAGCAGCUGUUGAAAAUUCACUCAAAGAAAAUCAAAGUAAAAUUAGAAGCUGUGAAGAACAAGAGCGUAUACAGAAUAGUCUACUUGCUGAUCUGAGGUCAACUUAUCAAGAACUCGAAAAUACUCUUACCAAAAACAAAGAUGAAUGUGAAGAUUUACGUACACGUAAACAAGAAGCUGAGAAAGAGUUGCAGCAAGCUGAAAGUCUUCGUCAGCAAGCUGAACAACAUCUCACUGAAUUAAAACAAAAAGAACGUGACUUCGAAUAUCAACAAGCACAAGCUAAAAGAGAUCAACAGGCAGCGUUAGUACGAAUGAAUAAUGCUCAAUAUGAGAAAAACAUUGCUGAAAAACAUGUCCGAGCGGCUGAAGAAAAAUUAGAAAACGAAGAAAAGCAUUUGAAACAGUGCGUGCCAUUUUCCAUCUUAUGGGUGUCAAUAGGAGAGAAGGCGAGAAGCAACCAAGAAGAAGCCGUUAGUAAAGCUAAACAUGAUCUUGAACAAGUCAAACAAAAAUUAGAAAAGAAACAAGAUGUCCUAGCAGAUCUGACUGAAAAACAUACUACUGCGACAAAUAAAACACUUGACUUAAAAAAUCGCUUAAAUCAAGUGAUAUCCGAACGCGUUGAACAAGAAAAAGUAGUCAAAAUAAAAAGCAGCGAUGCAACACGAAAGAAGAAUACCGUCAAUGAUCUUUCUACUCAACUUCGAGAAACAACAACAAAUCAAAGAAAAGUACAAAUAGAGAUGAAAAAUAUCCAAGGUAAAAUUGAAGAUGCUCAAACGAAACUCAAUUCAUUCAAAGGUGAAUUAGAAAAACAUAAACUCGAUUUAUCAACCAAUCAAACUCAAAAAGAUGAUUUACUAACUAACAUUCGAACAAGCGAAACUGACAUUGAACGUCAUCAACGUACUAUGAAUGAUCAUGAAGAAAUCAUUAAAAACAAUCAAUUAGCUUUCGAUAAAAUAGUCAAUGACCUGCAAAAAAAACAAAAUACUACGAUUCUCAUCAAACAAAAACUGCAAAUACUAAAGCAAUCCAUCGGGGAAAAAGAAAACCUUGAACAGGCUAAACUAAGAGAAAUAGCCAAUGAAGAAACUUUACUUGAAGCAAAUAAAAAAGGUCUUGACAAAUUAACCGAAGAAAUCGCCUCAAAACGUCAACAAUUGGAGAGCAAUCAACAACAAUAUAUGGCUAAUAAAACUGUAUUGAAUCGAAUCAAUGAUGAUAUCCAGACUUUGCAAGACGAAAGAAUUCGUUGUGAGAAAGAAAAACAAAACUAUAAAAAGGAGUUAGAUGCUCAACAAACAUUAUAUCAACAGAAACAAGCAGCAGUACAACAACAAAAAACUAAGGUUAACGCUCUCUCAUCUGGAUUAGAAUCUUUAAAAGCACAAGAUAAAACAUUACAUAAUGAAAUACAAAUAUUGCAGGGGAAAAUCGAUCAGAAAGAUGUUGAAAUCUGUCAAAAACAAAAACAAUUUCAUGAAAUUCAAAAUAAGCUAAAUGAUUUAACUGCUAAACAAACAGUUGCCAGCAAAUAUCUAACUGAAACAAAAAAUACAUUGGAAACAGUAACACUUCAAGUUCAACGAAACAAUGAUGAAAUUUCCAAUAGCGAAGUAAAAUUGAAUCAAUUGAAAACAAAUAUUAAACAAUCGAUAUAUCAAUCACAAAGUCAUGAAGAUGUGCGAAAAGUGACAUUUCGUAAACUUGAACAAUAUGAAAAUACUCUACGGUUAAUCAGUAAGAAUUCCUAUGAAACUUAUUCGAAAAUUCAACAGAAAACCAAUGAACUUCUCGAACACGAUCGGCAAAAACAACGUGAUGUCUCGGAACGACGUCAUGUGUCAUCGGUACCCAAUCAACGAGAAAACUAUGCAAAAAAAUAA